CAGCAGUGACGACUGUGGCGGAGAAGGCCUGGAGGGGCUCUGCGUUCUGGAGUGGCGCUGCCUGGGCCGGUGGCAGGUUGCGGGCUGGUGGUAUCGGGACUAAAGGAGAACUGCGAGCGUGUUGGGUAUUUCGCGUCGGGAUACCCGCGAGGAUGAGUGCUGCCAGGGAGUCUCACCCGCACGGGGUGAAGCGUUCCGCCUCCCCAGACGACGAUCUUGGAUCUAGCAAUUGGGAGGCUGCAGACUUGGGCAAUGAAGAGAGAAAACAAAAGUUCUUGAGACUUAUGGGUGCAGGAAAGAAAGAACACACUGGUCGUCUCGUCAUAGGAGACCACAAAUCAACAUCUCACUUCCGAACAGGGGAAGAAGACAAGAGAAUUAACGAAGAACUGGAGUCUCAGUACCAGCAGAGCAUGGACAGUAAACUCUCGGGGAGGUACCGGCGGCACUGCGGACUGGGCUUCAGCGAGGUAGAAGAUCAUGAUGGAGAAGGCGACGUGGCUGGAGACGGUGACGAUGGUGACGAGUCACCUGACCCUGAGAGUCCCGACGACUCUGACAGUGACUCAGAGUCAGAGAAAGAAUCUGCUGAGGAACUCCCAGCAACUGAGCGCCCCGAUGACGUGCAAGAUCCGAAAAACAAAAAAGACGCAAAAAGCAACUACAAAAUGAUGUUUGUCAAGUCCAGUGGUUCCUAACUCCCAACCCCUGUCUUUGUAUUAAAAGUAAGCCUUAUUGUUACAAUGCACAGUGGAGGACUGCUUAUAGAGCACAGACCUUUGUAUUAUAAUUUUUAAAAAGACCCUUUUAAAUAACUACAGAGUGUUGGCUUUCUAAUGCCAUGGGUUACACUUUAUGGCAUGACUAUAACCAUUUUGUAAAAGGAAGAGCUGCAUAAAAGAAGAGAGAAAUGCAGUACUCAGCUUCUCACUUUAGCCCUCGACCCUGGCCUCACCUUGCUGCCCUUCAGGAGCGUUACGGGGGAGACACUGAAGUUAGUUGGGGUAGCUAUUUCAUCUUUUUGUAUUCCUUAUUUUUCUCAUGAAAAUCUGAUACUGUGACAUGUUCAUGAAAAGUACUCCCUCAGUUAUCUUUUGUUAAAGUGGAAGUGUUUAUCACGAGCACUUCUGCUGCCAGUCACAGCCUGACGCACUGCUGGCAAAGGUCGGGUGCUCAGUGCACUCUCGCUGACUCAGCUCUUCUCUUGGACCAAAGCAGCACGAGAGCAAACGCGCAACACCGUGUGCUGAACUGCCGCCGUCAUAGAUGUGCAAUGUUAAGAACCCAAGAGGUCUUUAUAUAAUUUUGGUUAAAUUGUAUGUUUAAAAGCUUUGAUAAAAUUUGGCCAAUUUUUACAGAAAUUAUUUCUCUGAUACUUUAGUCUUAUGUAUUUAGAAAUAUGUAAAACUGGAUUUUUUUUUUAAGUAAUAUGUGACCAAAGUUUAUUUUCCCCCCCUAAGGUCUAAAUAAAGAGAAAGCAGUUUCCCAUA